AUGCAGGUGCGACGUGUAUUGUAUUUUCUGGCUCUAAUUAUGAGUGUUGCCUAUGUUUGCGUGGCGGCUGCUGAGGCUGGAUCGUCCGGGAGUUCUUCUUCAUCUUCUAACUCUGGUAAUGAUGAUUGUCGUCCUCCUGAUGAAACUGAUGCUGCCGUUGAACGUACUGCUGAUACUCUUCGUGAUACUAAAACUUAUUGUGCUGAUCAGCGUCGUUCUAAUGCUUUUGCUGAUAGUGAUGGCUCUGCUCAUCCUCCUAUUGCCCCUCCUUCACCUCCUCCUGUUGUUGCUGCUGGUGGUGUGGAAGGGAGUAAUGGUUCGUCUCCAUCUGGAGGUCAAACUGGAGCCAACGUCAACACUACAGCAGGUGAAGGUGCAGUCAACGCGGAGAGUACAGCAACAGCACAACCCACUUCUCCUUCUCCCGAAUCUUCAGACACAGAGACUGCCAAUGGUUCUGCUACUGGAAACGAUGGGGGUAGCAGUACACCUGCAGGGAGUGAACCAUCCAAUAACCCAAGUGAUGAGGAAUCAACAACUUCAACUACUACGACCACCACCACCACCAAUACAAUUCCUCCUAUCCUUGGAAUCAGCAAUAACACCAUAAUGCCAAAUGUGAAGGGUGAUGCAGACAGCAGCAGCAGUAUCAGCAGUUCUGUGUGGGUGCGUNUUUGUUUUUGGUGUUGA